UUCAAGUAUCUUCUUCACCACAACCCUUAUAUCCCGCUUCUCUUCACGACCCCACCACGGCAAUAUUUAUGCUAGAACCAGCAUAUAUUCAGUAGCAGCUGAUUUUUUAUAGUCUUCCGGCCUCUUUUAAGAGAAAGAAAUGAUACGCGAACAGGAAAUACAAGGGGGCAUUAUUCUCCCAUCCAAGAACCUUAAGAGAAAGAGAUGGAUUUCGAAAUUUGAAGUGAUAACAACUGUCUUAAAGGAGUUGCUGCAACUAAAGUCCACUGCAAAACAUGGCUAUUUCCUUUCAGUAACCAAUGUGAAGGUAGAAGGUGAGGCAAUUGUGAAAGACAAUUCUGACCAAAUUGAACUUCCAGUGACAAUUUUUUGUCGAACUUUACUGCCCAAAACGGGAGAUAUUACGACGGGUGUUGUGCAUAAAGUAUGUAGGAUGGGAGUUUUGUUGAGAUGUGGGAACCCCUUGAAUCAUGUUUACCUAUCGGCUCAAAAGAUGGUGGAUUAUAGGUAUGUUCGAUUGAAAUCGAGUGAAAUAUUCAUGAAGAAGGAUUGUUCUAGGAUUGCGAAAGGUGUGGUUGUAAGGUUUGUAGUGUUUGCUGUGAGAUGGAAUGCGGAACAUCAAGUUGGGAAAAGGGAAUUAUUUGUUCUUGCGAGUAUAGAAGGCGAUGGUCUUGGACCUGUUUCAAUGGCUGGUUCAGAUUCUUUGGAUCUUUAAAAGGUAUACACAACUGUUUUGUGUUAUGGUUUUUUCUUCUUACUACAAUGGAUAGUUUUUAUUAUCUUACUGCACAUUUGCAUGUAAAGAUGCAAUUAGACUUGAUUUAGACAAAUGAUUAAAUCUUGUUGUCCAUCAUCAGUUUCAGUUGAAAAAACUUGAGAAAUAUUUUGAUUAAUCUUUGU